UUCCAAAACAUGUGGGAAACGACUUCAACUCGUGUUUAUGAAUUAGACUGCGAAGAAAAUAAUAAUAAAACCAUAUAUAUAAGCAACAUUAUAGUUCGGAGCUCAAGAGAAUAAUUGUAUUAAAUCCGCAGCGUUUAUAACGUUAUGCUACGGUAUCUGUGUGCUAUAGUUUCGAGUAGCUUAUGUACUGCAUGUUAAAGGCUGCUGGUGAUCAACAUUUAAACAAAUAAAUAAAAAUCGAGAACGUGAUUUUUUGACCCAGCCACGAUUUAAAAGAGGACAUGAGUCUGUUGCCCAGAACAGCGGAAGAGUUCAGCUCUGCAGAUUAUUGGGAACGAUUUUUCCGCAAACGGGGAGAAAAAGCUUUUGAGUGGUAUGGGGACUACAACUCACUGUGUGGCGUCCUGCACAAAUACAUCAAACCCCGUGAGAAGGUUUUAGUGGUUGGCUGUGGGAACUCGGAGCUAAGUGAGCAGCUUUACGAUGUAGGCUACCGCCAGUUAACCAACAUCGACAUUAGUGAGACAGUUGUUGCUCAUAUGAACCAGAGAAACGUUCAGCGUCGUCCCGACCUCACCUUCCUUCAGGUAGAUGCCACUGAGACGGGUUAUGAAAACGGAAGCUUCCAGGCUGCUCUGGACAAGGGAACUCUAGAUGCCAUGGCCUCGGAGGAGGAGGGCGUCGUGGCGAGUAAAAUGCUGGCUGAGGUGGGCCGAGUUCUGGCUGUGGGCGGCCGCUAUGUCUGUGUGACUCUCGCCCAGGAGCACGUGAUAAAGCUGGCAGUAGAGCAUUUUGCUGAAGCUGGCUUUGCCAUACGUAUCCACUGCCUGAGCCAGCAGAACCCGGACUUGGAUUCGUCCUCAUUCGCUCUUCCUGUAUUCGUUCUCAUCUGCACCAAGUUCCGCCAGCCACCUCCAUUCAAAGUGCUGGAGAUGUGCCAGGGGGAGGACGGCGCCCCGUGUAGGCUGGUGUCGGUUCCUGAGCUAUUAGCUGCAGUAAAGGAACGGCAGGCGUAUGCACUCAUGAUCCAGAAGCUCAGGGGUGCCACAGACACUGCUAGCACGCCCUCCCUCACACUGUGCCAUGCAGCCACGGGCUGUCCCCGAUACACACUGACGGUGCAGGACGGUCCGCCUUCUGCCAAAGUUCCCCGUACCAACCACUUUGCUAUCUUUAUUGUUCCUCAGGGUCGAGAAUCCGAUUGGUUGUACGGUUCUGCCGAGGGUCGCACUCAGCUAGCCGCAAGCGCAAACUUCCGCCGACUGAUCAUUGUUGCAAUGCAUCGAGACCAGGACUAUAAAGACAUGCAAGCAGUCCAGUCCGAGCUCUCUCCCAUGGUGAUGGAACUGGCUCCUCCUGGCAUGCCAGCCAAUCAGCAGGUCCCAUUCUUGUCUGUAGGAGGUGACCUGGGCUGGAGGGAGGUGGUGGGCCGAGGCGUCAGUGGCCUAACCGGCGAGUACUCUGUUGAAGAUGUCCGUGGAGAGGAUGGUCAUGUCUACCGUAGACUGAUCUUCAUGAACAACACUCAGCUGGUGCAGUCUGAAAGCCGCCUGCGAUCCGCGGCUACAAUUGGUUCUGCUCAGAAAAAGAAGAGCAAGAAAAAAUCUAAACGCCCUUCUGUGGAAACUCCAGCUUCAGCUCACAAAAAUCAUACCGUAGAUCGAGGAUUUCUCUGUUGUACUCAUCACGAGGUGAUGAUCGCAGGCUUUGCCAUGCUAGGAAAGGAGGCCCUCGGUAAUAAAGAUGGUCAGGUAUCAGUGUUCGUAGUGGGGCUGGGUGGUGGAGGGCUGCCCCAGUUCAUACGGGACUUUGUGCCUGGUGCGUGGGUGGAGGUUGUGGAACUAGACCCGGCCGUACUAGAGGUAGCAAAGACCUGGUUCGGGUUCCAGACUGACGACAGACUGAAGGUAAUACUGGGAGACGGUCUAGAACACAUCAGCAUGCUGGAGAGCAAGGGAGGACAUUCCUAUGAUGUCAUCAUGUUCGAUGUUGACAGCAAGGACCGCUCCCUGGGAAUGAGCUGCCCUCCUCCUGCCUUUGUAGAAACAUCCCUAUUAGAGAAAGUCUGCAAGUUGUUAACUCCUCGAGGAGUGUUUAUGUUAAACUUGGUGUGUCGUGACUCAGCUCUGAGGCAGUCGGUGUUGGAGCGUUUGCAGGCCGUGUUCCCGAGUGUGCUUUCUCGCCCUAUUGAGGGUGAAGUGAACGAGGUGCUGCUGUGUUCCCGGGGUGGAGGUGAACAAGACAAGCUAAACACCAUCCCAAAGGAGCUGCAGCAGGCUGCCGAAAACCUACAGGGGACGCUGCGGAGCCACAGUCAGAAUGCUCCCUUUAACCCACAAAUAGACAUUACUGUAAUGCUGAAAGACCUGCGAGUAGCUUGAACUGUCUGUCCGGACGUGCGUCAGAAAUGAGGCACACAAGUACCCAGUUUAAUAUAGCUAUAAUUCUUUUAAAUAUUUAAGUCCGCUUGCUUUAAAAGCAAAAGCACACUAUUCUUGGUUGUCAGAAUUAUGUCAGAACAUUGUCAACAACAUUGAUUCGUUA